UGUCAUCUUCAAAUGUGAAGCUACUUUCUUCUCUUACCUCCGGAGAAGCAAGUAAAUUUGGUGGGGUUGGGUUCAAUAGAACUUUAGAUGGUGGAAUGUCCCAACUUCCCACUAUGAUGGGCCACCCUGGGCCUGGGCCUCAAAGAUUGGAUUUACCCUCAAAUGGUCUAGACGGUAAUUUUGGCGGCCCGCUUUCAAUAGAUCCGAUGUCAAGGCCUAGUAUGGGUCGUGAAGCUGCUGCACCUUUACCUCCAGACGCUUCCAGCACACUCUAUGUUGAAGGACUUCCUUCUAACUGCACCAGGAGUGAGGUAGCUCAUAUCUUUCGUCCUUUUGUUGGAUUUAAGGAAGUGAGGCUGGUGAGCAAGGAAUCGAAGCAUGUGAGUAAACUUUCUUUCCAGUCCUGGCCUUUGUUCUUCUGUCCUCAACUUCAUGUUUUUUGUUUUUGUUUUUUGUUUUUUUUUUUUAAUGGUGUUAUUCUCUUAACACAUCCUUCCAUUACCUUUCUUCCCUAG